CUCGCUCUACCUCAAUUUCUCCCUCCCUCUAUUUGGCUUUUGUUGCAGCCCCUCACUUUCUCAACAUUUGGACAGGGAGAACUGAUGCUGUGCAUGUGUGUGCAUAAAUUGGGUUUGGGUGUCCCUUCCCACCACUGUGGAGCUGCCUGGACCAAACUGUACCAGAAUAUGAACAGAUGGGACCAUCAUGUUGAAUGACUGCACCGCACACUGAUGGAAUCAGUGCCAUUAAGGAGACCAUAAAGAAAUAAAAGGGGUCGGCCCAGCAUUUUUUGUCCGGCGACAGCAGGUCAUGCGGUAAUUGGUGUCUGACCAUUUAUGUAUGAGAGAUUCCUGUGUGUUGUGCGUCACCUCGUUUCUCAUGGACCUCAGGGUGGGAGAGCGGGGGAUGCGCCCUGGCUCCGACACGGCUCUUCUCACACCCCUGCACCCGCCAUUGCUUCUCAGCCCAUUCUCCUCGCAGACCCGCACCUCCUUCUCUCAACAGCAGCUUCAACAGCACAUACGGUUUAAUAUGGAGCAGCGGCGACGUGAGCAGGAGCACAAUGAGAAACAACAAGAAUUGCAGCAGCUCAAAAACAAGGACAAGAGUCAACAAAGUGCGGUGGCCAGUUCGCUAGUUAAACAGAAACUCCAGGAAGUCAUCUUGAAGAAGCAGAAGCAGGCGGCACUGGAAAGAACAAGCGCCAACACUUUGACUCCUACGCCAGGGACAUACAGAAAACUGGGCCCGGACCAGAGUAUUUCCUCCCAACCUCUGGUCUCAUCUGCCUCGCUGCCAUCUUCUGAGGGUUCAGAAGGGACGCGUCUUCGUAGAGCAGCGUCUGAGCCCAAUCUAAAAGUGAAGCACAAGCUGAAGAAACAUCUCAACACCCGCCAGAGCCCGCUCACCCGCAAAGAGAGCGCCCCACCCACCAUUAGACACAGAGUAUCUGAUGCACUGGCAGACUCGUCACCCAGUAGUAGCAGCACUCCAGUCUCGGGCUGUAGUUCCCCCAAUGACAGUCUUCCCAGUGAAAAUGGGCUAAUGCCAUCUGCUGGCGGCCUCUCACAUGAGGCACAAAAGCUGCUGCUCAGAGAUGGCACUCUGGCAAACUUCACCAUCCAGAGUCCUUCCACUCUGCCUACCAUCACACUGGGUCUACCGGCCAAUGCCAGGGUUGAAGGGGAGCUGUCCCCUCUGAAGCUUGGUCAAGGGGCCCUGGUCUCACCUGGAGGCCCACAGGUCUUGUUGCCCCUGAGCAGAGAGGAUCAAGCAGGUCAUCUCAGCUCACGCCUUCCUGUUAUCAUCCUGGAGCCAUCAGGACUGGUACACGCUCCGCUACUCACUGUUCCUAGACUCGACUCGGUCCCACUACAGUUUUCCCCUCAUCUGGACCAACUGUCUCCAGGGGGCGCUCAAGCCCACAAGCCCCUUAGCAGAACCCGUUCAGAGCCCCUCCCGCAAAAUCCGAGGACCCUUCACUCACACCUCCUCCAACAGCAGCACAACACGCAACUCCUGGAGCAGUUAAAACAGCAGACUCACCUUGGCAAGUUUAUGUCCAAAUCCAGUGAAAAGCCCAGAUUGCUUCAGAUCCCUUCCGAGGACAUGGACUCUGAGGACGGGGGGGUGACGUCGCCCUCAGAGAAGACUUUUCAGAGUAGAGUGAGGGGGGAUUCUCUGAGGGAGGUGGAUCCAAAUACAUCCAGUAGUCAAGAGCAAAUCAACCUACAGCAUGCACUCAUACUCAACCAGUCCUUACUGUGGGAGCAGCAGAAGCAGCUGCAGCAGUUGCAUCGACAGAUGGAGACGCUGGCGGUACCGAUGCUACGUACUGGUGGAGGCGGUGUAGUCUGUGGCGCGUUGGCUGUGCAUCGGCCCUUGUCACGUACACAGUCCUCCCCGGCCUCCACAUCUCUCACGCCACCUGAAAAACCUUUGAGCCUGACCGGGCAGGAGGCCAGCAUCAAAUCACGCUUCACAACUGGACUGGUGUAUGAUUCACAGAUGCUGAAGCACCAGUGUACCUGUGGAGACAACAGCAGUCACCCAGAGCAUGCUGGGAGGAUACAAAGCAUCUGGUCCCGACUACAGGAGAGAGGCCUAAGGGGGCAGUGUGAGAGCAUUCGUGGUCGUAAGGCAACUUUGGAAGAGUUGCAGUCCGUCCAUACUGAGCGCCAUGUUUUGCUCUAUGGCACCAACCCGCUCAACAGGCUCAAACUGGACAACCGCAAAUUGGCAGGUAUCCUCUCUCAAAGGAUGUUUGUCAUGUUACCGUGCGGAGGUGUUGGGGUUGACAACGACACCAUCUGGAACGAGUCGCACACGUCCACAGCAUCACGCAUGGCCGCUGGCAGUGUUGUCGAGUUGGCUGUCAGAGUGGCCAAGGGUGAACUGAAGAAUGGCUUUGCUGUGGUCAGACCACCAGGGCACCACGCAGACCCGUCCAACCCAAUGGGUUUCUGCUAUUUUAAUUCAGUGGCAAUCGCAGCCAAACAGCUCCAACAGAAGCUCAGUGUCAGCAAAAUUCUCAUUGUUGAUUGGGACGUGCACCAUGGUAACGGGACCCAGGAAAUCUUUUACAGUGACCCAAGCGUCCUCUAUAUGUCGGUUCAUCGCUAUGAUCAUGGCAACUUCUUUCCUGGCAGCGGCUCACCUGCCGAGGUCGGCUCUGGCGCUGGUGAGGGCUUCAACGUGAAUGUGGCGUGGACAGGUGGACUGGACCCUCCCAUGGGGGAUCCAGAGUACCUUUCCGCAUUCAGGACUGUGAUGAUGCCCAUUGCCCAGGAGUUUUCCCCGGACGUCGUCCUGGUCUCUGCCGGGUUUGACGCUGCGGAGGGCAACCCCGCACCUCUUGGAGGGUACAAGGUCUCUGCCAAAUGUUUCAGCUUUCUGACUCGCCAGCUGAUGUCUCUAGCAGGGGGCCGUCUGGUUUUGUCCCUGGAGGGAGGUCACGACCUCACAGCCAUUUGCGACGCAUCUGAGGCCUGCGUCAGUGCGCUUCUUGGUGCACAGGACCCACUGUCUGAAGAAGUCUUGCUUCAGGAACCAAAUGCUAAUGCUAUCCGCUCCCUGCAGACGGUCAUACAAAUUCAAAGUCAGUACUGGCAGAGCGUGAAGGCUUACAGUGGCUCCGUGGGUUUGUCCUACCUGGCUGCUCAGAGACGAGAUUGUGAGGAAACAGAUGCAGUCAAUGCUUUGGCCUCACUCUCUGUGGGAGUUCUUUCCAGCAAAAGCGUUCCUGAUGAGCCAAUGGAACAUGACACUGACUCCAUAUGACCAAAUGCUGGAAUCAACUCCCAUUCAGGAACUUGGCUGGCCCCACUUGUAGCACUGCCAGCACUGCUCACGAGCACGACAGUUUGGGGGGUUAGGGGUGGGGGCAACCUUCAAUCCAUCUGCCUUAUCACCACACAGACAUCUAAACGUAGUCGAAGCACCUCAACGCCGAGAACCACUCGGCGGUAAACCUUGUGAAACCUCACCAAAGAGCAAUACAAGAUGUUUUAUGAACUUGACUGACAAUGAAUUGUGCCUUUUGUACAGUACAACAGCUCUGUGAAACACACACCCACACACACCAUUCAAAUGUUUCUCCGUCAAGCAUUGUGUUGCAGAUGGUGUCUUUCCUGCCUGAAUAUUUGGACCAAGAGCUGCAUUCUGCCCCUAAAUACCUUGUUGAAGCACAUGGGAACCAAAUUGCAUCACUGACAUCAGGUCAACACACGUGAACACACACAUACACAAAUGACAAAAAGAGCGACAGUGGGAAAAAUGCAGAACAUUUUGUGUUUUAAUAAUGUCUUGAAUGCAAUUUGACCACUAUGAGAGAAUGAAGAGACAGUAAAAAAAAGGGCAAAAAGUCCUUGAUUGAUUUGAUUGAUUGCACUGUUCAUUCCUUAAUGUGAAGUUUUUAGAAAAUUCCAAAGCCUGGGGGCGCAAAAAUUAUUAAAAGAUGUUUUUAACUGUCUUUAACGUGUAACUGAAUGAAUGGUUUUGCAUUUAGCCCUAACUCGUUUAGGAUCUCCUAACUGCGCCCGAAGACCGAAAUACUGUACAACUUGACAUUGCAUAAAGUAAAGGAGAAUUUGCUUUCACUGACGUAGCGCUUGUAUUAAAUCGUCUUUUUCAUUCCCCACCCAAGCGGACCAUUCAAAUAAGUAAUGGCAAUUUUGAUUCUCUUGAAUACAUCACCCAAGUACAACUGCCUGAAAAUACCCUGGUUUUGGAAAGAAGGGCUUCCAUAGGAACCGUAAUAUACACGAGAGACGGGCUUUUUUUUUUUUUACUUUUUUUUUUCCGACAAUUCCCACAUUGGUGAGAAUAAAAUCUUUAUGAAAUACUUUAAUGAGAUAAGAGCUUCUCUCUGUGGUUUGCAUGGCAGUUGUAUUCCGGGUCGAUGAUAGCUUAACAGUGCCUCUGCUGGUUGUGGUGUUACACUCCAUUUUUGCCUCAGGCAUCAACAACUUGAGUAUUUCUCAAUGGUAGAAUUGUUAAUGAUCAAAUAAUGGCUUAAUUUGAGCAUCCAGAAUGUAUACUGUUCUUAGAAGCAUUUAAACCUGUGGAUUGGGCGAGCAACACAUUCAAAGACUGAUGUCCAUUUACUUACUUUUGUCCUUAAUUGAGUCUUAAUUUAAGAAACUAACCCAAGUCUUGUUUUUUUUUCCAAAUGUAGCUCAGCUCUGGCUCAGAAGAAUUUAGUAAUGUUUUAUACAAAAGUAAUGCACUGUAAUUUGUAGAAAUUGGAUGGUUGUGUUUUUUUAAUGCAUGUAUUGAAAAUCCAUGUCUUAAUCCUCUAACAAUUUUAAUCACAAGGGUUUUUGUAGCGGUAAAUUGGGGAAAAACCCCAGUCUUAUUGUUUUACCUUAUCACUCAAAAACAAAAAACUAAUUGUAAUACUGUAUCACUCAAUUGAAAAUUGACAUCUCUGUGGAGACAAAAAGAAAAAACAGGCUAGAUACAUGCACACUGGAAACUUAAAGGGAUAAUGGACAUGACCCUUGAUCUUGCCAGAAAAUACAGCAGUUGCAGUUAUGAAUGUAAUGUGCAGAGCAGCUUUUUGUGCAAUUUCUUUCUAGAUUCUCAGACAAUGUUGAUAAUUACCAUCAACUCUUAAAGAGUUAUAGCAACAAACACCCCUCCCCCGCCCCCAAAGAAAAACGCAUUGUACCGAAUUGUUU